AUAUCACCCUCAUGCCCCAGACAUGGAGCUAUUUCAGACACAUUACCCAGUGCCUUCAGGUAGAGAGGCCAGUGGGAAUGAGGAUGAUGGAUGAAGGGAAGAAAAAGUUUUAAAAGACGCCUAAUGGGAAUUGAUGAAGAAAGUAAGCCAUAAACUGGGAGCGUGAUUAAAGCCUUCCAUCUUCCUCUUUUGCCUCCUCUAGGUUACCAGUUCUGCUUUUCCUGGACCUGUUCCAAGCUCUCGCGUUCCACAUCACACAUGGGACAACUGGUGUCAGGCUCCCAGAGAGCAGGAACCAGGUGAAAUACAAGGGCACAGUCCUCCCAGCCAGUGGCAUGGGGAUAAUCGGACAGUACAACUCUCCACACUUUUUUAAUGGAAAGAUAUGAAUAAGGGGUCCACAGGAGCAACCUGAGGCCCUGCAACUACAUUUCCCAGGGCUCCCUGGGGUAACCCUAAGGUGACUCUGGGGGCGGGGCCACGUGGACAUCCAAUGAGAGCACUUUCCCCUGCAGACUUUGAAAGUGAGAGCACUUCCUCAUAGACGUUGGAUGUAGGAGGACUGCGUUCAGUCUGGUUCCUGGUUGCCGGCUGAAAUAACCUGCUCUCCAAAAUGUCCACCAAGGUGACUUAAGUCAGGUUCCCCCAAACCAGACACUAAGACAAGAAUCCAUGUGUGAGAAACUGAAGGAAGUGCUGGGAGAGCCCCAGCUGCAGCCUGGAUGUGAAUUGCAACUCUGAAGUGCGUCCAGACGCAAGGCAAGGGCACUAGGCUUUCCAGACCUCCUACUAAGUCAUUGAUCCAGCACUGCCCUGGCAGGACAUAAAUCCCUGGCACUUCUAGCUCUCUGCAAAGGAGGGCAAAGCAGCUUCAGGAGCCCUUGGGAGUGCUCCAAAGAGAGUCUAGGGUACAGGUCCUAAAGUAGAAGAACACAGAAGGCUGGCCAGGGGCACUGCGAGAUGGUAAAAGAGAUCUGAAGGGAUCCAGAAUUCAAGCCAGGAAGAAGCAGCAUUCUGUCUUCUGGAUUAAAACUGAAGCUCAACCUACUUUCAGCUUACUAAGAAAGGGCAUCAUGGACAUUGAAGCAUAUCUUGAAAGAAUUGGCUAUAAGAAGUCCAGAAACAAAUUGGACUUGGAAACAUUAACUGACAUUCUUCAGCACCAGAUCCGAGCUGUUCCCUUUGAGAACCUUAACAUCCAUUGUGGGGAAGCCAUGGACUUAGGCUUAGAGGCCAUUUUUGAUCAAGUCGUGAGAAGAAAUCGGGGUGGGUGGUGUCUCCAGGUCAAUCAUCUUCUGUACUGGGCUCUGACCACUAUGGGUUUUGAGACCACGAUGUUGGGAGGGUAUGUUUACAGCACUCCAGCCAAAAAGUACAGCACUGGCAUGAUUCACCUUCUCCUGCAGGUGACCAUUGAUGGCAGGAACUACAUUGUCGAUGCUGGGUUUGGACGCUCAUACCAGAUGUGGCAGCCUCUGGAGUUAAUUUCUGGGAAGGAUCAACCUCAGGUGCCUUGCAUCUUCCGCUUGACGGAAGAGAAUGGAUUCUGGUAUCUAGACCAAAUCAGAAGAGACCAGUACAUUCCAAAUAAAGAAUUUCUUAAUUCUGAUCUCCUAGAAGACAGCAAAUACCGAAAAAUCUACUCCUUUACUCUUGAGCCUCGAACAAUUGAAGAUUUUGAGUCUAUGAAUACAUACCUGCAGACUUCUCCAGCAUCUGUGUUUACUAGCAAAUCAUUUUGUUCUUUGCAGACCCCAGAUGGGGUUCACUGUUUAGUGGGCUGCACCCUCACCUAUAGGAGAUUCAAUUACAAGGACAAUACAGAUCUGAUAGAGUUCAAGACUCUGAAUGAGGAAGAAAUAGAAAAAGUGCUGAAAAAUAUAUUUAAUGUUUCCUUGGAGAGAAAGCUUAUACCCAAACAUGGUGAUAGAUUUUUUACUAUUUAGAAUAAGGAGUAGGCUGGGUGUGGUGGCUCACGCCUAUAAUCCCAGCACUUUGGGAGGCCGAGGUGGGUGGAUCACGAGGU